AUGACCAAAACUUUUGUUGUUCGGAUUAUCAGUUGUGCAUCGAACGCGUCUGUGAGAAAAUCUAAAUUGAUAAAAAUAAAGUCAAUUGUGUUUUGUUUGUGUCUUGCAUCCGCAUUGGCAUCCGUGGAUGAGUACAAUCGACCCUCGUUGAUAUUUCAUGGAGCUCCAUCCGGUUCAGAAUUGGGCUUGGGAAGUUAUUUCGGACCAGAUACGGGACCAAAAGGAGGUUUUUAUGACUCAGAUUACGAGAAAAGUUACGAAAAAGAGUACGAUGGCAGCAAAUAUGACGAAUAUCAUGGAAAACCGAAGGGAUAUUCGUUCGAUUAUGGCGUCAGUGACCCUCAUACCGGCGACCACAAGAAAGUUUGGGAAGUUCGGAUAGGAAAUGUGGUGAAAGGCGGUUAUACCCUCAUCGAACCCGAUGGCACGGAGCGAAUUGUCGAAUACACCGCUGACGAUGUCCACGGAUUUAAUGCCGUUGUCAAGAGAAUUAAGCCUUCCGGGUAUCCAGACAUCGUUCCGUAUGACAAACCGUACCCAAUUUUGCCUGUAAUUCCUGUUCCGGUUCCAAUUCCGGCGGCAGUUGCUCCAGUUGGACCUUAUGGACCACUUUCUGAUGCUCCUUAUACGCCCUUGUACAAAGAUUAUAACUAUGGAGAGCGUUAUGGAGGAGCUUAUAGUUAUCAAACCAUCGAACAAACUCAUUAA